UGGGAGCCCCGGGAGCCCCGGGGCCGCUCUGCGCCCUGCUCCUGCUGCUGGCCACCGCCACCGAGCCCGGGCCAGGGCCGGUGCCCCCGCGGCUGGUACUCGCCCUCCUGGCCCGUAACGCCCAGCACUCGUUGCCCCACUGCCUGGGAGCGCUGGAGCGCCUGGACUAUCCCACGGGGAGCAUCGCCCUGUGGUGUGCGACAGACCACAACUCGGACAACACGACGGCGAUGCUGCGGGAGUGGCUGGGGGCGGUGGGGAAGGAUUAUCACUCGGUGGCCUGGAAGGUGCAGGAGGAGCCCAGCUCCUACCCCGACGAGCUCGGGCCCAAGCACUGGAGUGACAAACGCUACGAAAACCUGAUGAGGCUGAAGCAGGAGGCUCUCACCUAUGCCCGGGAGCAGCAGGCAGACUACAUCCUGUUCGUGGACACCGACAGCAUCCUGACCAACAACCAGACCCUCAAGUUUCUCAUGGCUCAGAAUGUGUCAGUGGUGGCUCCCAUGCUGGACUCGCAGACCUUCUACUCCAACUUCUGGUGUGGCAUCACGCCCCAGGGCUACUACCGCCGGACGGCCGACUACUUCCCCACCAAGAACCGGCAGCGGGUGGGCUGCUUCGCCGUCCCCAUGGUCUACGCCACCUUCCUGAUUGACCUGCGGAAGGAAGAGACGUCGCGCUUGGCUUUUUACCCGCCCCAUCCCAACUACACCUGGGCCUUCGAUGAUAUCAUUGUCUUUGCCUACUCCUGCCAGGAGGCUGGCGCAGAGGUCCAGGUGUGCAACCAGCAGCGCUUUGGCUACAUCAAUGUCCCCGUGAAGGCUCACCAGACACUGGAGGAUGAGCAAGCCAACUUUGUGCAUCUCACGCUGGAGGCCAUGGUGGAUGGCCCCCCCAUGCAGCGCUCCAGGCACAUUUCCCUCCUCCCCAGGCCACUCACAAAAAUGGGCUUUGAUGAAAUCUUCCUCAUCAACUUGGUGCGGAGGCCGGACCGUCGCCAGCGGAUGCUGGAGUCCCUGCGGGAGCUGGAGAUCGCCCCGCGGGUGGUGGACGCCGUGGACGGGAGCACGCUCAACAGCAGCGACAUCAAGGUGCUGGGGGUGGACCUGCUCCCUGGGUACUACGACCCCUUCUCUGGCCGCACGCUCACCAAGGGCGAGGUCGGCUGCUUCCUCAGCCACUACAAUGUCUGGAAGGAGAUUGUGUCCCGGGGGCUGGAGCAGUCUGUGGUGUUUGAGGACGACGUGCGCUUCGAGGCCGCCUUCCCCGCACGGCUGCGGCGGCUGAUGGAGGAGCUGGAGGGGGCACAGCAGGACUGGGACCUCAUCUACCUGGGGAGGAAGCAGGUGAACGCGGAGGACGAGGAGGCCGUGCAGGGGGUGCAUAACCUGGUGGUGGCCGGGUACUCGUACUGGACGCUGGCCUACGCCAUCUCCCUCCGCGGGGCACAGAAGCUGCUGGCCGCCGAGCCUCUCUCCAAAAUGCUGCCAGUGGACGAGUUCUUGCCCAUCAUGUACGACAGGCACCCCAAUGAGGAUUACAAGCAGCACUUCGCCCCCCGGGACCUGCUUGUGUUUUCGGCUCACCCUCUCCUGGUCUAUCCCACCCACUAUGCCGGGGACAGCAACUGGCUGAGCGACACCGAGACCUCCACCAUCUGGGAUGAUGAUUCCAAGAAGACUGACUGGGCUGGCUCACAGAAGACCCUGAGGGACACACGGGGCACCGGCCACCUCCGCUCCACCACCCGCGACGAGCUCUGAGGGGACAAGGGACUGUGACCCAGCCGGGAGCACCGUGGGCCGGUGGCCUGAUCCUGCUGGCUCCCACUUGAGAGAUGCAGCUGCCCUGGACACAUCCCCUCAGGUCCUUCAAAUCUGCACAGGGCGAGUCGACCCCAGGCAGGAUCAGUCCCAGGGCUCCCGGCGAGCCCUGUCCCUGCCAGGCAGAGGGGCCUGGGCAGCAGGUGCUGCUGAGGACAUCUCCAGGGCUGCCCUGCCUGAGGCCACUCCACCAUUUCCCACACACUUGGACUUUUGGGAGUGUUUUUUCAGGCUGGGGACUUCACACAUGUGGCCUCCUGCUGCUGAUCGAGCUUGUCCCUUGCCUGGGCCGUGUCGGGACUGAAGCCCAGGGAGGAUUAAAGCAGACUGUGGUUGA